ACUCACAUUCUCUUCGUUCGCGCCAAGCACACCGCGUGAUACUUGUGGUUUUUUUCCCUCACUUUCGUUGAAGAUUUCCCCGGGCAGUUUCCUGGCUACAUCGCCAACGGCGUGGCGACAUCAUAACGUACCCCCCCCCUAGUAAUUAAUAAGUGCGCACAUAUCGCACAUCUCUGCGGCAACACUAUGUCGAAAGUCGCAACCGUUAAGGAGGCUGUUAAGGAGACGCUCGUGGGUUCGCAGGAGCCCACGCAGUUCUCGGCGCAGACCAAGGCGCGGUUCAACCGCCAUGCUGUCAAGGACGCCGAGACUGGCGAGCUCUACCUGGGGCCAGAGCAGUUCAUCGAUGCGAUUGCGCCGCCGCAUGAAGACUACCACAAAAUCAAGCGGGAGCAGUACUCGAUCCUGUUUCGCGUCGCCGACCGAACGAACAAGGGCAAGCUGACCCUUGCCGACUGGGCGUACUUUGAGAACAUUCUGAACAAGCCCGAUGCCGAAUAUGAGAUCGCAUUCCGCCUCUUUGACGUCGAGAGGCUCGGCACCGUAAAAUAUGAAGACUUCCGUAGGCUGUACGAGUUGAACAAGGGGCCCGAUAGCAUCCCGUUCGACUGGGACUGCGAAUGGGCGAAGCUGUACAUCGGCAGCAAGACAAAGCGGCACAACAUGGACUAUCACCAAUUCUCGCAGAUGCUCCGCGGUUUACAGGGGGAGCGAGUCCGGCAAGCCUUCCAGCGGUUUGACGUGGACGGUGACGGAUACAUCGAGCCCGAGGAGUUUGCGCUUAUCAUCCGACAGACCGCAAAGCACAAGCUCUCGGACCACCUGUUGGACAAUCUGCACACGCUGUGCAAUAUCGCGCAAGGGAGCAAGGUGUCGUAUGCCAACGUCCGGGCUUUCCUGAACAUGAUCAACGAAAUGGAUUUGGUGGAGCUCAUCGUUAGACGCGCGUGCUCCAAGAGUAAGGAUGGCCGGAUCACAAGGUCCGAGUUCCUCCAGCAGGCCGCCAAGACGACUCGGUUCUCGCUCUUCACGCCCAUGGAAGCCGACAUCCUGUUCCACUUCGCCAGCCUCGAUGAGCCCUCUGGGCGCCUCGGCCUCCGAGAUUUCACAAAGGUGCUCGACGCCACAUGGCGGCGGCGCGACGAAGAGGACGACAGCCGUGUUGCCGUCGAAGUCAAGUCCAGGGCCGCGCAGUUUCUUGCGCAGAGCAUUGAGUCGGCGUACAACUUCGGCCUCGGCAGCAUUGCGGGUGCCUUCGGUGCCUUCAUGGUGUACCCGAUCGACCUAGUCAAGACCCGGAUGCAGAAUCAGCGUGGUGCGAACCCCGGCCAAAGGCUGUACAACAACUCGAUCGACUGCUUCAAGAAGGUGGUCCGCAACGAGGGAUUCAGGGGCCUGUACUCAGGUGUUCUUCCGCAGCUUGUCGGUGUCGCGCCGGAGAAAGCCAUCAAGUUGACCGUGAACGACCUUGUUCGUGGGUGGUUCACCGAUAAGCAGGGCAGGAUCUGGUGGGGCUAUGAACUCCUUGCGGGUGGUGCCGCUGGCGGUUGCCAAGUCGUCUUCACCAAUCCCCUGGAAAUCGUCAAGAUUCGCCUCCAGGUUCAAGGCGAGGUUGCCAAGAGCGUGGAGGGCGCACCGAAGCGGUCCGCCAUGUGGAUUGUCAAGAACCUGGGUCUUGUCGGUCUGUACAAGGGUGCGUCGGCGUGCCUGCUCCGUGAUGUGCCGUUCUCCGCCAUCUACUUCCCCACAUACUCGCACCUGAAGAAGGACCUCUUUGGCGAAUCCCAAACCAAGAAACUCGGCGUCCUCCAGCUCCUCACGGCCGGCGCCAUCGCGGGCAUGCCGGCAGCGUACCUCACCACGCCAUGCGACGUUAUCAAGACCCGUCUCCAAGUCGAAGCACGUAAGGGCGACACGCAAUACACGGGCUUGCGGCACGCCGCCAAGACAAUCUGGAAGGAGGAGGGUUUCCGGGCGUUCUUCAAGGGUGGUCCCGCGCGUAUUUUCCGGUCGUCACCGCAGUUCGGCUUCACGCUCGCGGCGUACGAGUUGCUCCAGAACCUGCUUCCCUCUCCGGGGAAGAAGGCUGAUGCGAAGUUGGCGUCGAGUGUGGCCGGUGGCGUGGCGGGGGCCGUAUCCACGCUCAAGGAGAAGGCAGGCGGCGACACCCCCUUCUACCGGUCACGCAACGCGCUCAAGAUCCUUCUCGACUUGGACGAGCAUUUUGGAAAGACGCCGCUUGGGCCGAAUGCGCACGGCUGGAAGACGUUGCCUGGUUGGAUGGGCGGGAAGGCAGCAUAAGGAGGGCUCUUAUUAAAAAGGCCACUGGUAGUGGUGCACCGAGGUCGCAUUAAAGCUCGGCCGGAUGAAUGGACCCUCGGCAGUUGGCGAUGGGAU